CUUUCUUGGUGGUGUCAUUUAGAGAGUAAAGAAAAUGUCGACGGUGAAACACACAUCGGGAUUUUAUGCCGGAUCCCGGGUUUUGGAGCCCCUUGGAGAAUUCACGGGACUCCCGAUUGACCAGAUUAACUUCAUAACAUGCCAGUUCCUUGCCCUUUCUAUAACAUACCCAUUCCGGGUAUGGCUUCACCCCUCAAAUACGGGAACGGCAGUCCGCCAUCUUUUCGAAUUGGGCCUUGGUAUUGCCAUGACUGCGUUCUGCUUUGGACAACAAAUGCUCCACCUGUUGGCCCAGAGUACCCUCUGUUUCCUCAUCAUGUAUAGCCUACCGAUCGAGUAUAUGCACAUAGUGACGUUCAUAGCCGCCAUGUCUUACCUCGCUAUCACGCAUAUAUACAGACAAAUAUAUGAUUAUGGUGGAUAUACUCUAGACAUCACAGGACCACUGAUGAUCAUGACACAAAAGCUAACAAGUUUAGCGUUUAGUUAUCACGAUGGUGCCGUCAAGAAAUUAGAUAGUUUAUCAAAGGAUCAACAACAACAAAUGAUAAAAAAAUUACCAACCACUUUAGAGUUUUACAGUUAUAUGUUUUACUUCCAUGGUAUAAUGUGUGGCCCGCUGAGCUUCUUCAACGAUUAUAUCGCAUUUGUAAAUGGCACCAAUUUCACAUCACCAAUUAAAGAUAAAUAUGCUAUUCAGGAGAAUGGACACUGUAAUGAACCAAUCAAAAGGAUGCUUGUACCAUCGGAGGUAGAGAAAGAGGAACGUCGCAUAAUAAGGGUUUGCAUCAUGAAAAAACUACUGACUGCUUCUGUGGCGGCUGCCAUGAUGUGUUACGUCGUGCCGUAUUUUGAACCCGAGCGAUUAUUAAGUAAAGAAUUUUUCCAAAUGUCAUUCUUCGGCAAGUUCGGGAUAAUGUACAUGGUGAUGGUGAUGGUACGGCAGAAAUAUUACUUUGCCUGGACUCUAGCAGAGGCUGUCAACUAUAACGCCGGGCUGGGAUUCAGCGGCUUCGAUGAGAAAGGUGACGAGAAGUGGGAUCUCAUCAAGUCAGUUAGUAUAUGGAAAGUCGAGAUGGGAACAAGUUUCAAACUAAUCUUAGACAACUGGAACAUCACCACCUUAGUUUGGUUGCGACGCGUCGUCUACGAUCGUGCGCCGUUUCAGAAGACGUUUGCGGUGUUUCUCGUGUCGGCGUUCUGGCACGGUUUCUAUCCCGGGUAUUACUUCAUGUUCCUGAGCGCUGCGUUAUUCACCGUGGUGGCGAGACAGGUGCGUAGGAAUAUACGGCCUUACUUCCAGACGACUCCCACAAAAGCAUUCAUCUAUGACUGUGUAACGUGGGCCGCCACACGUAUUGGUAUCACGUAUAUAACAUGCCCGUUUGUUAUACUCGAAAUGGAGCCAGCAUUAGAUCUUUACAACUCCAUCUUUUGGUGCGUCCACAUUGUGGCCUUUGCCAUUCUGCUGGUUCUCCCGCAUAAACAAUCAAGCCGCCAAUCAACAAAGAGCACCGAAGGGUCAAAGGUCAACCCAGAGACGAAGACGCAAGAGGUCAACGCUAAUGAUGGCAAUUUCAUCAAAAAUUUCAUCAAAAAAGGUGUAUGAGACAGGACAGUUUCCAUAGCGAUUUUGUGAUCCUGCGUAAAUUGUUGCAUCGAAUCAUCUUAGGUGUAGAGUUAUCAUAGACAUGGUCAGAAAUUGGGGGUCAGAGUUUCUUGCUAACCCACCCUAUGGCAUUAGUUAGGGUGACAUAAAGGUCGGUGUCAGUGCAUAGCGAUGUAGGAAUUACAUCGUUAGCACAGGAUUCAAGAUUGAUGAGAGUUUGCCCUUUUUUGACCCCAGAUUUUGCUGUGCCCAUUGUUAUUAUGACAUAUCUCAACCAUUCAUUGUUUGUCAAAUUCCGGUCAUGAUGUAUAGUAAGUGUAAAAAAACAUGAUUCACUUUUGAAAUUGAAUAGCAUUGAAAGUAUCGUUCUGAACCUAAUUAAAUGGUAGUAUCAUCUCAUUAUUAAACUGUGCACUGGGAGUGGGAGCACUUAACAUUGACAUGUCUCAGCAUGAGAAUGAUGACUUUGAUGCUAUUCAGUUUUAGAAGUUUAUCAUGUUUUUUUUACACCUAGUAGUUGCUUUGAUUUUGAUUUGACAGGUCGGGUGCUCAAUUAACCCUCGGUGGGCUAAGAUUAAUUUCAGUGUGUCCAGCUCACCCAAAACCAACUUCUGAAAUUGGGGAGGGGGUAAAUGGAGAUGGAGGGUGUGGGUUAAUGGAGAUCUGCACCAUACCUGUGAAUUGUCGGGUAACUUAUUUCUUCCAGGGUGAUAUCGCCUGUUUAUGAUGUGCCAGGGUGGUAGAAUGCCUCCGAGAUCUGGCAUCUGGCGGCAAAGUGGGCCUAAGUUGGCAACAACUCUCGACUCCACCGCCAUUUGCCUUGAUCUGGAAAGCAACUAAUUGCUAGUUUAUGAUGUGAAACGCUGGACCUGUAAUGUCAUGUGAAGUAGGUGUGUCUGUGUUUGGCUUUAGGCAUAGUGCAUAUCACUGUUGCUUCGUGUCUGUGCCAAUGAUGAUAAAAGACAGUAGGUUGGCGUUGGGGUGUAUUUGAGAAUCAUUGCAUAAUUUGAAGGUGCUCCACCUAUUUUGAAUGGACGGGCUGGACAUUGAAUGGUUUAAAAGGUAGAGGCGCUAAAGGCUGCAGUCAAGACAAGUGUCAAUUUGAGUAGUUAUAAUAGUCUUCGAGAUGUUUUGUUUGAGAACUUGUAAUGUCAUACGAAACGUCAUGGAAACGUCAUGGAAACGUCAUGGAGCCAACAAUCAAAAUGUUUUGCCAGUUCUGAAGCUGCAGAAGUCAUCAGAUACUUUCAGUGUUGUUCCCCGAGUUGUUAAGUAGCCUUACACUGUUACCACUGCACAAGGGGACCCAUUGGAUUGUUGACUCUGGUUGCUGAGGUGGUCAUUACUAUGGUUACCAGUUCUGGUUCCCAUAGUAACAAUCAAACAUAUGUAUUCAUGGUAGCUCUUGCCAUGGUAACAUAUAAAACCAUCCAUGGUCAAAGUAAGUUGCAUCCAUGGUAACGAGACUGGUUUCUAUGAUGACAUAUAAACAGUAUCCAUGGUAAUGACAGCUGGUACCUGUGGUGAAUCGAAAAAGCAGCUUGUGAUUCUUGUAACUGGCUGGGUAUGAUGUUUGUAGUGACUUUAUUUCAUAUCAUGACAUGAAGUUCAUUUGUAUUACUUUAUAGGACUUUUAGAGUAGAGUUGUUGUGACCUGUUGUUUGUAAUGCAAUGUUGGUUUUAGUGACAUCUAGUGGUCAUUUAUAGUACUGAGACUGGGGUAUUUUUGGAAUAGUUUCGUCAGAGAACCAGUGGUUGCAGUGGGCAGGUUUCUCAACAUGGGGUGGCAUAAAUUUCAUUUUUGUUUUCCUUAUACCAAUCAACACCAAAAAAGUCACAAAUGCUUUGCCUUUGAAAUCCAUUUCAUCUGUAGCUAGGCUAGCGGUCCAAUAUGCAUAUUUGCUCAAAAUACUUUUGUAGUCUCAUCAGUCACCACUAGAUGGCACUUGUUUUUUUGAUCGAGCACGCUCAUAGUCAAUCACUGUAACCAUGGUAACACGCUCAUAGUUUGUAUUAUAAAGUACAUAUCUGGUCAUAGUCGGGCAGGAUUGGACAACUGUAUCUGGGAAAACCUUCUGAACCAUAUCAUAUAUGGGCAAAGUUUGGUGACUUGGACACAGAUUUCUUAUCCUGCUCCGAUCUUGCCAAUUCCCAAUAGGUGGCAUUGUACAGAAUGAUGUUUCGUCUCUGUGAAAAGUUACUUUUCUAUUGUACAGUUCCUGUUCAGCUUUUGUGUCGCCAAAAGCUCGGUAAUCAAUCAAUGAUUAUGAUAGCCUGAAAUGUCUUUGCCCCUCUCACAAGUGUUCAUGAUAUUCCUUAUUUGAUCAAAUAAUUUCUGGGCUGUCUUCAGUUGUUCAAGAAGUGACACUUCUGUAAGCUGAUUUAGAGUUUCUCUCCACAGUUUAUGUACGGCUUUGCCCACUAUCACUGAGGGCAGCCAAAAUGAUGACUUGAUUGUCUUGAUGUGCAUCUCCACUAGAGUAUGCCAGCCCAUUGUAUGAUUGGGUCUUAACUUAUGUAUUUAUUGAGUUUCCUUAGUAAUUAGGUGAAUCCUGAAAGGAUUAAAACUGUUCAAAUUCUCAACUCAGUUUCAUCAAAGUUUUCUAAGUCGCCAUAAUAGUUUAUGCCGCCAGCUGCAUUUCAGUUUACUUCAGUCAACGGCAUCUUGUCUGAUGAAUAAAAUACUAGGCCUUACUCCAUGAUUUUCCGACCCUGAAUGGUAUUUGUAUGGCAUACCUUGGUCACUAGUCUGUACAGUCUUGUCACGUCUGCUAAUUUAUUCCAUGUCAAUUUACAUAUUUAUUAUCGGCUGCUGUAUUUAAUAAUUUGCAUUUCUUUCGUCAGUGAAGGUACAGGCAGCUGUAUUGGAUCGUGUAUAUUAUCAGCGGCUUAACAGGGUGUCCCGAAAAGAUAUCUGAAAAGAAUGAACACGUUAAGUCAUAAUUUGAUGUGAAAAUUGUGGUUGGUGUUGACCAAUGCUGUGAACUGCAAAACAAUUGUACCUCUUUUUUGGGACACACUGUCAAAUAAGCCGCCAUGCUUCCUAGUGCCUCUAGUGGCAAUUCUUAGAACUACGCUCCAUUGUUCGACUCUUCCGGAUUGCCUCUUGUCAAUUACAUCAAAAGAAAAUGGAAAUAACGGCCAAACUUUUGAUGAAAUUGACAUCAGGAGCCCUGGGGUUCUUUAUCCUUAUAUUCAUAUGGUGUAUUUUUUGCAAAACUUUGUAUUGAAAACUAAAAAAAAUGUAAUUGUGUUCAGAUGACCCUAUAGUAGACUCCCUAGAAAUUGAAAAAUGUGUGACAUUCAUGCAGGUUUUCAUUGAACUUCUCAUCCAGAAAUUCCUGAUAGGUGGGAGAAGUUAUCCCAUUGUGAGGUGGCAAGUCUUAUAAUGAUAGUCAGCGAGGCAAACAUUAAUCUAAUAACAGUUGUUUCAGUGGUCAUUUUGUAAAAUCCUAUGCCAACUCGAUCUUGCCGGUUGGGGGGGGCACCUGUUCAAAAGGCCUAUCUUGCGCAAGACAACCGGCUUAAUAGCGUUGACACAGAAGAGCGCCAUCUAUACAUGGAUUCUGAAAGCAUCUUCUCCACUGAUUUUGUGGCGAGUUCUUCAUGUUGUUUCCGCGAUGACUAUAGAUUUUCAAAAAAAUAUUCGUCAUUUGUGCUACCGUAGUUUGGAAGACUUCUUGUGCCUUUUGUUAUUGCUGGUUCAAGUUGCUCCAUCAGCGUUAGAAGUUAUGUUGACAUUAAGUCUUAACGCUUCGAUUGUAAAUGAAAGUUACUGAAUAAGAUAUGGCUUAGUUAAUGCUGAUGUUAGUCUCCAAGGCCGAUUGAGCAACUGGGCCCUGAAGGUUGUAUGAUUCCUUUCCCCCAAACCCUGGGACAUAGAAUUUAUGUUCAAAAUAAAGCUACCCUUACAUCA